AUGAGGGUCCGCCUUCACAUUCGGGAACAGCUGUGCCUGGUCAUUGGCAUCACGAGUCUGUUGUCACUGGCCAUCCUCGCCGUCUCAAUAUGGGUACAGACAGUGAAUUACAUGAACGAUGCAAAAUGGGAAACUCUCAUGGUCACCGCAAACCUGAAAGCUACCCAAGUAGCCCAGGACAUCAGCCUGAUGGGGACGUCAGUACAGUCAAUUGCCACCAGGAAUAUUCUCCAGGAUUUACUACGUGACUUCAACAAUGGCAACCAGACCCAGGCCCUUUACAAUGCUAUACAGGAUAAUCUUGUGGACGCUUUGUCUGGCGGGACCGACGAUGCAGUUCUCCUGCAAGCGGCAGUCUUUCCUCGCAGACCCCGGCCCGAGCAAGGUGAUAGUGCUCUGAGCAACGCGACUGGGAGAGGAGCAGCUAGCAAGGUCGUGCUUCCUUUCACUUACAGCAAUGGAACGGCAGUCCUGCUCGGCGACGGUGACGAUGGUUAUCCCCCCCAGCUCUACCCCAACCUCACCUAUGGCGAUCAGCCAUCAGAUACCACGUUUGUUGCCUAUGAAGGCAAGCUGCUUUAUAACAACUCGACAUUGUUCCUCGGGCCGCUGUUCCUGCACCACACCAACUCCUCGCUCGUCUCAUUCACAGUCCCCGUAAACAACAACACCAGUCGCACCGAUGUGCUUGGAUGGCUCACCGUCGUCGUUGACGGAAAGGCACUUUACAACAUUGUUGAGUCCCCUGUCGGACUAGGUAAGACCGGAGAGGUCGUCAUCAUCGGCCCUGCUCGUCCCGACAACCUCUUCGCCGACGAUGUCGCUGGUCGCACAAAAGCAGAGAAUGCCGAUGUCCCCCUUCAAUUUGUCCUGCCGCCUUACAGUAAUCGCCAUCCACUGCGUGCCAAGGAUCCGUAUCUCCCUUUCCCCAUGGAGGACUAUCCAGCUGUGCUGCGCGCUUGGUCUGACAUGACUGGGGAGAUCAACAAUGCAGGAGCUUUGAUGUCCACCCACAACGAGGAAAACAAGAAAAUAUCGGCCGGCUUUGCCAGGGUAUCUUCCGACCUCGUUAACUGGGUGGUCGUCUUUGGCCAGGCCCACAGCGAAGUCGUUGCUCCCAUAAAUCACCUGCGGAAUACUGUGCUGGCGUGCAUUUUUAGCGUGGUCGGUGCAGUUCUCCUUGUCUCCUUUCCGCUCGCCCACUUCGCUGUCAAGCCGAUCAUUGCACUCCGAAAUGCAGCCGAGAAUUCAGUGACUACAUACGAAGCUUACGACCCUUCUGAAAAAUCGUCAGACACCGAUAGCGAAAAUGCUCUGGGAAAGGUGGGCCUCCUCGAGGAAAAGGGGUUGGUUCAUAGUGUCUACAAAAGGUCUGCGAGAAAGAAACCUCAUGUUCGGCCAGUGCGAGUGUUUAAGAUUCCCGAGCGUGUGCCUGAACAUCGCCAUGUUCUCUAUGAUGAAUUAACGGACUUGACGCGUACCUUUAACGAAAUGGCCGACGAGCUUACGAUUCAAUAUGGACGGCUUGAGGACCGUGUGAAGAAGAGGACUGCAGAACUAGAGCAGAGUCGAAAUGCCGCCGAAGCUGCCAACGAAAGCAAGACCUUGUUCAUCGCUAACGUAUCUCAUGAAUUACGCACACCAUUGAACGGUAUCAUCGGCAUGUGCGCAAUCGCCAUGCAAGAGGAAGAUGUCGGGAGCAUCCGGCAGUCCCUCAAAAUCAUCUACAAAUCAUCGGAUCUCCUCUUACAUCUCCUCAACGACUUGUUGACAUUCAGCCGCAGCUCUUUUGGCCAGAACUUUGCCAUCGAAGAAGACACAUUUCGCCUUGUCGACGUCGGCUCGCAACUCGUGUCUAUCUUUGAGAAGCAAGCGCGUGAAUCUGACAUCAGCUUGCGAGUGGUCUUCAUCGGCCUCGAAUCAAUGGAGCAGAGAGACACUGACCAAGACGACCUGGAGGACGCUAUUAUCGCUCGGCACGACAUGACGGGUGCCAUUCAGAAACAGAAGACGAAUGUCUUGGCCAAAGCACCCGCAGAUCUUGGACCUCUGAGGGAAAUAGGCUUGAGGGGGGACAAAAAUCGAAUAUUACAAAUUCUGAUGAAUCUUGUAAGCAAUGCCCUCAAGUUCACAGCCGCAAAGGGCGUCGUCGAAGUGAGGAUACGAUGCAAAGGAUUUGUGGAACCCGAAGCCAUGCCUGAUGUAGCGUACUCAAAUACCACAGCUACGCCAAACACGCCUUCCAAUGCGCUACAGCGACGCAAUACCGAAUACACACCGCCAAAAUCAUCGAUGAAGGGAUUACUGUUUGACUUUGAGGUCGAGGAUACGGGUUCGGGCAUACCCGAACAUCUGCAACAAGACAUCUUCAAGCCCUUCGUCCAGGGUGAUCUGGCUUUAAGCAAGAAACAUGGCGGUGUCGGUCUGGGGCUGGCAAUAUGUUCGCAGCUCGCAGGCAUGAUGGGCGGCACCAUUACCCUGAAGAGUACUGUCGACAUUGGCAGCACAUUCACCCUUUCUCUGCCCCUGCGCUACACCAAGGAGGUUGUGCCUUCCGUGUCCGACUCUCUUGCGCGACCAAAACCCGGAAGUAUAUCCAGCAGCAUCCAAUUUGAGAGCUUCAGCACAAAAUCUCGCAGGUCGCGAGACCCACGACAACCUAUACGAUCGAAACAGACGUCCGUAUAUUCGACACAAGACAAAGACUCCCAGAUGGAUGUGCCCCGUCUUGUGGGGUUCUCUCAGCCAUACCUUAUAGAUGCGAACGUGAGCUCAGAACGAGUGGAUUCCGUCGCCCAGCAGCCCAAGCAAGACAAAAGGCCAAACUUUACCACUCCCAACAACCGGCUCGCAUCCAUCAUGUCUGUAAAAACACCGGAUGAAGCGACUGACUCGGCAGCUACCAAGCUAGAAGAGAAAGCCAAAACCGCAGACACUGACGUGACGAAAGCACCAGCUCUAUCCUCAGGCGCUGCUGCGGAAGCCUGUUCCCUCAAAAUUCUUGUCGCAGAAGAUAAUCCCGUCAAUCAACAAGUGAUCCUCAAGUUACUCAAGCUCGAGAAGGUGACCGACGUUACCUUGGCUGAAGACGGGGAGCAGGCGUUCAAUAUUGUACAACAAUCAUAUUCUGAUUUGGAGGGCUCGAACGAGAAGCCACGGCCUUUCUCGCUUGUUCUGAUGGACAUCCAAAUGCCGCGCAUGGACGGGAUUGAAUCCACGAAGAAGAUACGAGAGCUAGGAUUUGAUGCUCCGAUCCUUGCCCUGACGGCAUUUGACCAUGAAAUAAACCGAAAAGCCUGUCGUGAUGCAGGAAUGAAUGGUUUCCUCCCCAAGCCGAUCAAACGGACGGCUUUGAAGAAAAUACUUGAACAGUAUAGUACUCCGCAAGGAAACACGGAUGACCUGCAGAAUAACGAACGAAAAGACGACGAAUGA